UGCCAAGCGCCAUCUUUCUUUUAAAAAGCCAAACCAACAAAUUACCAAAACAAACCAACUCAACUCUCUUUUCUACCCAAGCAACAUGGAAAGCAAGAGGCCGGACCGUACACUUUCCGGCGAAGUUCAGCUGCCGGAAAGCCCACUAGAGCCCAUGCAGUUCUUGUCAAGAUCAUGGAGCCCCUCAGCUUUUCAAAUCUCUAAAACCCUAGUGGGUCCCACCACCCCAAAGCUUGUACUUCAACAAAAACCCAGCACUUCUUCAAAAUGUGCUAAUGCCUCUUCUUCCGGUGCUAAUUCCGGCGCAAAAACCGAUGAAGUACUUAUUUCCGGUGGCUUUCAGCCCGAAGAGUCCGCUCUACUUUCCGGCAACACGUUUUCGUUUGCUUCUUCCGCAACUUCUCAACUUGUUCUUGAACGCAUUAUGUGCCAAUCCGAAGUAUCGCCAUUAACCUCUGGGAGGCUAUCUCACAGCAGUGGACCAUUAAAUGCUUCCCUCACUGAAGACACGUCCGAUGGCCAACCGAUUUCGCCGUCUGACGAGUACGAGGAUGUUGUUAAGUUUUUGAGAGCAAACAACACACUACAGCCCCUAUUUGCAGCCAGUCGCAAUUGUUAUGCGACAAGUGGCAGCAACACUCCAGGCGGAAAGACAGUUGGGAGGUGGCUAAAGGAGAGAAGAGAAAAGAAGAAAGAAGAUACGAGAGCUCAUAAUGCGCAGCUUCAUGCAGCUGUCUCAGUAGCUGGAGUAGCUGCUGCUGUGGCAGCCAUCGCAGCAGCCACAGCCGCCGCUUCAGCUUCUGGAAAGGAUGAACAGAUGGCGAAGACUGACAUGGCUGUAGCUUCAGCGGCUACAUUAGUUGCUGCACAAUGUGUGGAGGCUGCUGAGUCGAUGGGAGCUGAGCGCGAUCAUCUCACAGCCGCGGUUAACUCUGCAGUUAAUGUGAAAUCGCAUGGGGAUAUAUUGACUCUUACAGCUGCAGCCGCCACUGCUUUACGCGGGGCAGCUACGUUAAAGGCAAGAGCGCUGAAGGAAGUUUGGAAUAUUGCAGCCGUGAUUCCAAUAGAUAAAGGGCUUGGAAUGGGGGUAGGCCAGACUGAACAGAAUGGUAUUGUUAAUGGCCACUACCGCGAGGAGCUUUUACCAGAAGAGAAUUUUCUAGGUGUCUGUAAUCAAGAACUCCUUGCCAGAGGAACUGAGCUUCUCAAACGCACUCGCAAUGGUGAUCUUCACUGGAAAAUUGUUUCCAUUUACAUUCACAGAUCUGGACAGGUGAUGCUGAAGAUGAAGAGUAAACAUGUCGCAUCAACCAUAACGAAAAAGAAAAAAAAUAUCGUGUUGGAGGUGUGCAAGAACAUGCCAGCAUGGCCAGGAAGACACUUACUCGAGGGUGGAGAGCAGCGGCGCUAUUUUGGACUAAGGACAACGAUAAGAGGGGUCGUGGAAUUCGAGUGCAGGAGCAAGAGAGAAUAUGAUAUGUGGACUCAAGGGGCGUCAAGACUUCUCUCCAUCGCAUCCGAGGCUAAGAAAAAUGUAUGCAGAACCUAAAUAUCAAAACAUCCAUCCCC